GGCAGAGUCAUGGGAUUUGUUUGGAUCUUUUGGAUACACGUUGGGAUGACGGCGGCCACUGACACUUAGUGAUUUUUUUUUCCGGAAUCUGCUUAUAGACCUUUUCCUCCUUUUAACCCGUAUCCUUUUUCCUCUCUCCUGCUACAGAUUAAGUUUUUCUUUUUUUUUGGGUUUUCCCUUUUACUUGUUGUUAGAGGAGUGACUCAUUCCAGCUGUUCUAAUGUUCCAAGAGGGAGAGAGAGAGAGAGAGAGAGAAGCAGAAAGGGGAGCAGUGUAAUUGAAAUCUGCUUAUUAUAGAGGCUCGUGAGCGUUACUGUGUUUUUCCGUCGGAGAGAGAGAGAGGGAACACGUUCAUGUCGGUGAGAGAGGAGGGGGCAUAGAGCGCGUUCAAGUACGAUGUCGAAGGAUUUCUGCAAGUAGAAAAGUUUGACAGUGUGUGUUGUGUGGAGGAUUUCGAAAGGAGAGCCUAUCAUGAGGAGAUGCACACAUACACACACGCUGAAGUGCCGCUGACUGUCUGUCAAACAAACUCGUGUGAUUAGAAGGGAAGUACUGCUAAAGCGAAGGGAUACUGCAAGAGAGAAGGAGAAACAAAAAGGAGAAAGCUAGAGAGAAGGAUGAGGUACAUUGGGAGGGAGGUGGAGGUGGAUGGAGGUGUGAGACUGGUGAUGGAGAGCGCUCUGUCAGCGAGGGAUAGGGUGGGGGUGCAGGAUUUCCUGCUCCUGGACAACUACAUGAGCGAAGCGGCUUUCAUCGAGAACCUGCGCCGGCGUUAUAAAGAGAACCUCGUAUACACAUAUAUCGGCUCUGUGUUGGUGUCAGUGAAUCCGUACAAAGAGCUUGGGAUCUAUUCCAAAGCCAACAUGGAGCGCUACAGAGGAGUCAACUUCUAUGAGAUUUCACCUCACAUCUUCGGCUUGGCAGAUAACUCGUACCGUGCCCUGAGGACGGCGCGAAAGGAUCAGUGCAUCCUGAUCUCCGGGGAGAGCGGAGCGGGAAAAACGGAGGCAUCGAAAAAAAUCCUGCAGUAUUACACCAUCACCUGCCCUACACGCAACAACACACACUCUAUCCGAGAGAGGCUGCUGCUGUCCAUCCCUGUGCUGGAGGCUUUUGGGAACGCUAAAACUCUGCGUAAUGACAACUCCAGCCGCUUCGGCAAGUACAUGGACGUGCAGUUUGACUACAAGGGCGCUCCGAUUGGUGGCCACAUCCUAAACUACCUUCUGGAGAAAACUCGGGUGGUGCACCAAAACCACGGAGAGAGAAACUUCCACAUCUUCUACCAGCUGCUGGAGUCUGGGGACAGCUCACUACUGAAGAGGCUGGGGCUGGACGUGACCAACCCACAUCACUACCGCUACCUGGUUAAGGGCAAUUGUCCAAGGGUGAGUUCCAUCAGCGAUAAGAACAGCUGGAAAGCCGUAAGCAAAGGUCUUACCGUCAUUGGCUUCCACGAGCAGGAGGUGGAAGAGUUACUGAAGGUCGUUGCGAGCGUCCUGCAUUUGGGAAACACCCUAUUCGGAGAGGAUGAGGACGGGGAGACACACUUCACCUCAGACACUCAGCUCACGUACCUCACAGAGCUGCUGGGCGUGGAAGGAUCAGCUCUGAGUGAGGCUCUUACUCAUAAGAAGAUCGUCGCCAAAGGAGAGGAGAUGAUCGGCCCGCUGACCCUCGAGCAGGCUCUGUCAGCUCGAGACGCCCUGGCCAAAGCCAUAUAUGGUCGUACCUUUACAUGGCUUGUCCAGAAGAUCAACCAAUCACUGGCCUUCCAGGAUGAAGUGUACUACACCAGCAAAUGCUCCUCCGUCAUCGGUCUGUUGGACAUCUACGGAUUUGAGGUCUUUCAAAACAACAGUUUUGAACAGUUCUGUAUCAAUUACUGCAAUGAGAAGCUGCAGCAGCUUUUUAUCGAACUCACGCUGAAGAGCGAGCAAGAGGAGUACGAGGCCGAAGGCAUCGGGUGGGAGUCAGUGGAAUACUUCAAUAACAAAAUCAUCUGCGACUUGGUGGAGGAGAAAUUCAAAGGCAUCAUUGCUAUUCUGGACGAGGAGUGUUUAAGGCCAGGAGACGCCAGUGACAUCACCUUUUUGGAGAAGCUCGAGGACAGAUUAGGAGGCCACGCCCAUUUUGUGACUCAUAAACUGGCCAAUGGGAAGAUUCGCAAGGCUGUGGGGAGGGAGGAGUUUCGCCUGCUACACUAUGCCGGGGAGGUCAACUACAAUGUGAACGGGUUCCUAGACAAAAAUAAUGACCUUCUGUACAGGAACCUUAAAGAGGUGAUGUGCUAUUCGGGAAAUUCGAUAAUAAAGCAGUGUUUCCAUCCAGAUGAACUGACAGACCAGAGGAGGCCAGAGACAGCUGCUACCCAGUUUAAGCAGAGCUUGGCCAAGCUAAUGGAGAUUCUGAUGUCUAAGGAACCAUCGUAUGUCCGCUGCAUCAAACCCAACGAUGCCAAACAACCAGAAAGGUUUGAGGAGGUGUUGGUCAGACACCAGGUGAAGUACCUGGGUUUAAUGGAGAAUCUGAGAGUAAGAAGAGCUGGAUUUGCUUACAGACGGAGCUUUGAGGCUUUCCUACAGAGGUAUAAGCCUCUAUGUCCAGACACUUGGCCAAACUGGCAGGGAAAACUAUCAGAUGGUGUCUCUACCCUAGUCAAACACCUGGACUACAAACCUGAGGAGUACAAACUGGGCAGGUCAAAAAUCUUCAUCCGUUUCCCAAAAACACUUUUCCGGACAGAGGACGCACUGGAACUUAAGAAACCAACCAUCGCUGUUACAUUACAGAAAUGCUGGAGAGGAUACAGGGAAUGGGCCAAAUACCAACGCAUCAGAAAUGCAACAAUCACAAUCCAGUCAUGGUGGAGGGGGGUCAAAGGGCGCAGGAGAGCCAAGCGGCGCAGACAAGCUGCAAACACCAUCCGCACGUUUGUAAAAGGCUUCAUUCUGAGGCACGAGCCUCGUUGUCCUGAUAACGAGUACUUCUUGGACCACGUGCGCUUCUCGUACUUGAUGACAAUCAAGAGGAAUUUACCGAAGAGUGUUCUGAAUAGGACUUGGCCGGUGCCACCACCAUCACUUGAAGAGGCCUCGGUGUACAUCCACCGUCUGUGUAUACACAACCUGGUGAACGAUUACUGCAGGAAAAUCCAACCCGAGUGGAAGAACCAGCUGGAGCAGAAGGUUGUAGCCAGUAGUAUUUUUAGGGGUCAGAAGGACAACUACCCUCGAAGUGUCCCUAGGCUUUUUGUGAGCACCAGACUGGAGAAUGAAGAGAUCAAUCUCAAAGUUCGACAAACUCUCGGAAGUGAUAACAGAGUGAAGUAUGGUUUGCCAGUCAUCAAAUACGAUCGACAUGGAUUUCGUGCCAGGCCACGCCAGCUACUGAUGACCAGCUCUUCUGUGGUUCUUGUUCAAGAGUCCAAAAUCAAGCAGCGCAUCGACUACGGUUCCCUGCUGGGCAUCUCAGUCAGUUCCCUCAGCGACGGCUUUUUUGUCCUGCACGUGCCCACCGCUGACAACAAGCAGAAGGGCGACCUUGUGCUGCAGAGUGACCACGUGAUCGAGGCUGUCACCAAGCUGGCCAUUCUGUCAGAAAAGAUACACAACGUCAAUGUCAGUCAUGACAGAAUUAGGUUUGCAAUAGCCCGGGGCAAAGAGGGCAUAAUUGACUUCACUUCUGGGGCAGAGCUGCGGGUGGUAAAGACCAAGAAUGGACACCUGGCUGUGAUGGCACCCAGUCUCAACAGCGGUGUAUGAUCGCGUGUCGACCAAUCGCAGCUCACUAUGAAGAAGCGUCCAUCGCGAUGGACCGAUCACACACUGAAGAAUAACCUGCUUACGCCAAUCUCCGUACAAUCACUACACGUUGUUACAGACCGUCUUGCUGAAGUGAAAAAAUAAGCUUGUGGUUUGUUUUGAUCGUUCGUACCAGACGAACGCCACUAACUUUUAACCCUUUAUUAUUAAUUUUUUUCGUCGUUUGAUUUUCACAGUAAAAACAUUUAUGCAGCCAGACUAAUGGCACGAAUUCUGCACCAGUUACAAUGAUAGUUUUAGCCUUUUAACGAUCCUUUUGUGACUUUCGAACGCUUCGGGAAAAUUUACGAUCUGUUUUUUUUUUUCGCUUUAAUUUUGCAAUUUGUUCUCGCGGUCUUCUUUAGUGUGUGUGGGCGGUGCAGAGGAUUAGACUUGAGGCAUCUGGUACAUCUUAGCUUAAGUCUCUCAUAAGACAUGACAAGCUUAACGAGCACAGCACACUUUGAGGAGAGCGCUAACCGAGCCUCUUCUACAUAAAGAUCCCAGAAGCUUGUGAUUGGCUAACGUCUCUGAGUUCUGCUCUCUGACACACCUGACCGUCGCUUCAACGUAAGGAGUAAAACCUGCAAACUCCUGACGAUAGGGUCAAAUUUAUUCUGUUGUAACCUAACCCAUGUGUGUGAUGACUUCGACAUGCUGCCUGCACAUCGCCAAACUGGUAACGGAAAGAAAUUCCCGUUAGCUAAAUGAGCUUUUGUAAGAAAUUAAGGAAAAUAAAUACUACAUCAUUUUUAUGAGCCCAAAACACACACAAUAUUACAUAACGUCAUGUCUUAGAUCCUGUGAUAAUGAAACCUUUUUAAAGUGUUAUAUCUGACUUUUCUGAUUUUGUACAACUCCCCACCCAUCUGUACACGUGUGCUUAUAAAAAGUCACAAAUACACACUCUUAACCUUUCA